AUGGCCGUGAUAACUUCAAUGGUGCCCACGAGUACGGCGGCACUGAUUCCAAGCGGAGUACCCAUAAGCGCAGCAUCACCAGCAGUCAUCACCUCGGCAGCAGCACUAAGACGCCAGGUUGGUGGAACUGAUGCCCCAAUAGUAACCAACAUCUGCGGCUAUGCAGUCGCUGAGGAUGCCCGUCUGAAGUCCAUAUCGCCUCCGGAGGACAUGGUGUGUGCCAUGUUUCCACCGAACCGGCUGUUUGGCUUCUGCUCGAAAAAGGUUUCACUCAAAGACAGACACGAUAUCGUCGACAACUGCGAAUGGAACGGCUGGUGUAUCGAUACUUAUGAUUGCAGUGACGGCUGCGGUAUUGACCAAGCACGUGCUCAGUUUGGCACAACAAGAUGCCAUGCCGCAUCUAAUCCAUACUGCCAACUCACCCGUCUAGCAAAUACUCAUACCGAUGAAGCAGAUGCAUACUGGAGCGUCGGUUGCGGAAACGGUCAUUAUUCAAUCCACCACUACCUGUUGGACCAAAAGGCCGCUCUCGACACGUCUGUACUCUCUACCACCACCACCACAUCCAGCAGCAAACGGAACCCGUACUCAACCACUCCAUUUACCACCGAAGAUGACAACUUCACAGCUCCCCAUGUGCAGGCGCCCGUCGCAACAAUCUCAACAUCAAAGCCCGUAAUACCCGCAUCUUCGUCACCACCACCAGCACCCUCAACCCUCCAACCAACACCAACGCCCUCCACUAACCCCCUUCCGUCCUCCUCUGUCCCUGGGCCGUCCACCACCUCCACAACCCACCCCACUCCCGAACCCCAAACCUCGGAUCUCGCCACCUAUAUCUCCUCUGCCAACACCCCCUCAGAAGAAGAAGAAAACCAAAAGAAACAUAACCCCAAAUCCGCCAUCCUCGGCUCCGUCAUCGGCGCCCUGGCGGUUAUCUACCUCCUACUCUUCACCUGGUGGUACCGCGGGCCUCGUCGGCGGAAGCGAGCUAGGGAGGCGAAGGCGGCGGCGGAGGCGGCGUUGAGGGAACGGGGGUUUUGGCGGCGGCCGGAUGAAUUUGAAGCUCAUGGACUGACUAAACCGAAUGGGUUUCAGGGACCUCAGGGACCUGAUGGACCUCAGGAAAUUCAUGAACUCGGGUUUGGAACAAUGACAAACCCAAAGACGCCGAAGCUUCCAGAGAUGCCCAACACUCCACAGACAAGGAGCGAGAAUGGGAAUGGAGAGUUACCAGGUCUAAGUCCCCUCAGCCCCAUGCCUUUGCCGAGAUGGGGAGGCUCGGCGAGUGAGACAGAGCCGAGCCGGAGCCGAAUCUGGGAUAUUUGGGAUCGAAAAACCCGCCAGGUGGUGGUGACCACGACUACCAAGGAGGUGGUAGCAGAGUUGGAUGGACGAUACAUGACUUUUGAAGAAAGGGAGCUAGAAAGGAAAGAACGACUGGAGGGGAUUGACUUGGCUACUGAGCCUGUUCGGUGGGAGGGUUCGGGGAGUGGUGGUGGUGCAGGUACAGGUACAAGUAAAGGUAGAACUUUCGGUGGUGGCAGUAGUAAUGGUGCAGCUACCCCUAUGGGUACGCCUGUUACGCGGGCUACCUUGGUUCCUCCUACUGAGUGGUAUUUAGGUCAAAAGGCGGAGGAUGAGAGAGGGACGAUACAUGUAGGGCGGAGUCCUUUUGGUGGGAAUUAG